AUACACACACAAGCAACAUAUAUAAUAUAAUUUUAAUUUAAUAAAAUAGAGCCAAGCUCAUCUCUCUCUCUCUCUCUCUCGCCUAAUCUUCGAGAUUUUACAUCUCUCUCUCUCUCUCUCUCUCUCUCUCUCUCUCUCUCUCUCUCUCUCUCUCUCUCUCUCAGACUAUACACACAGUAGAGACAAUGGAAUCGCCUGAUUCUCGUUACGCUUCGUCUAAUGAAGCUCCACCGAAGCAAGAACAGCAGCAGCAAUCUUCUCCGAGAAACUCGCAUGAUGAUGGUGGUGGAGAUUAUACAGAGAAGAGUACAUACACAAGGUUCCUUGUAUCAAAUGCUGAAGCUGGCUCAGUCAUUGGGAAAGGUGGAUCCACAAUAUCCGAUUUCCAGUCGCAAUCUGGAGCAAGGAUUCAGCUGUCUCGCAAUUAUGAAUUCUUUCCUGGAACCUCUGAUAGGAUUAUUAUGGUAUCUGGAACUGUCAACAAUGUGCUCAAGGGGGUUGAAUUAAUUCUCGACAAGUUACUCAAUGAGUUUUGUCUCGAGGAAGGUGAUGCUGAACCAAGAUCAAAAGUUAGACUUGUUGUACCUAAUAGCUCUUGCGGUGGAAUAAUUGGGAAGGGAGGAGCUACAAUAAAGUCAUUUAUAGAAGAGUCUCAAGCAGGCAUUAAGAUAUCCCCUCAGGAUAACAGCUAUGCUGGCAUAUCUGAUAGGCUAGUCACGGUGGCUGGUACAAUUGAAGAACAGAUGAGAGCUAUUGAUUUGAUUUUGUCAAAGUUGUCUGAAGACUCUUACUAUAUACAGUCUAUGAGCACCCCAUUUCCGUAUGCUGCAGGGUAUAAUCCAACAAACUAUGGUCCAAAUGGAGGCCCGGGCAAGUUUCAGAAUCACAGGCCUAACAACAACAAGGGUCCUGGAGUUCUGCAGGAUGAUAGGAAUAGCAACUCUGUGACUAUUGGUGUUGCAGAUGAGCAUAUAGGGCUUGUUCUGGGUCGUGGUGGAAGGAAUGUAAUUGAGAUCAGUCAGGUUAGUGGGGCCAGGAUAAAGAUUUCGGAUAGAGAUGAUUUUAUGUCUGGAACAACUGACAGGAAAGUAACUAUCACAGGUUCUCAAAGAGCAAUCCGUAUAGCCGAGGAUAUGAUUACUCAAAAAGUCAGCUCAGCUACCGACAGAGGAGAGUGAUGUUAGAAGAUGCGGAUCGCUUUAUAUUAUGAAUUUUGUCAGUGAGCCUUGGAUAAAUUAAUGAUAUAGAUAUGGCUUUUGUGGGGAUACUAGCAAGUAAGAUUAAACUGGUAGCUGGAGUAGUGUUUCUUCAUAGACAAUUUUACAUGGACUUUCUCAGACCACCGACAUUUCCUGUACAAGAAUUGUUCUUGAUAUAAGGCCGUUUAUGAAUUUGUUAAAUUGAACUCCUA